AUGCUUGCUAAACUUUUAGUCAAUCCUAUCCUUCUUAUUAAUGCAGGAGGAGAAAUGAUUUACAUUCUUUCAUAAAGACUUAUUGCUUAAAAAGUUGAUCCUGUUAAGACAGUUUAAGUUCUUAAUGACAUUUUGAGAAGUUUAUUUUCUUAGUAACUUUUUACUGAGCUAAUGAAACCAUAAAAAGUUAUGCAAAUGUCUUUUUUUAAAACUCUUAUUACCAAAAUGGUGCAUUGUUCUAUCAUGAAAUUAAAUGAAGCUUCUAUGCAAAAGCUAAUUGAUUUAAUAUUAAUGGAUUUUAAGGCUCAAAUCGUCAAUACUAUGCAUCCAGCUGAGCUGUAUGAUGUUACUUAAAACCAUUUUAAUGGAAUAAUUAAUAUAAUGAAAAAUGGUCCUGCUGUAGAGUAUCUUAUUUAUGUUCAAAAGAAAUUUGAGGAAAUUUACUCUCCAAUGCUACCAUUUGAUUUCCUCUAAAUUAAAAUAGAACUUCUUACUUUCCUCCAAGACGUUAAGCAAAAAGUGUAUGUUUUCAUAGAAGAUAAAACAUAAAAUUAGAAUGGUGAUAUAAGGAUUGUAAAUAGUUAAACAGCAGGUCCGCAUGUUUAAACUCCUGGUCUUAUUACAAAAUAUGACCAAGAAGGACGUGUUGUUAACAAGAAUUAAAAAUUUUUAGAGUCUACUGAUUAAUAUAUAUCCAAUACCUCUAAGAACUACAUAAACAAUGAAACAGAAUGGGGAUAAAAUAUGUUCCUUCCUAGUCGUCAAAAAAGAGUUGUUAAAUUAAGUUAACAUUCUGUAAUUACAACUGAGUCUUCUCAAAUUCGUAAAGGCUUCAAAAACGACUCCUAGCUACUCUCAGAAUUAAAAUUAGAUUCUCAGACUGCUACUUAAAAUUUACAAAAUUUAGCAUCUAUGAUAAAAGGUGGAAGUGUUAGUUAAGUGGAAGACACGUUUACUUACAAUAUUUUCAGUAAGCCUACUGUUGAAGUUAACUAUACCAAAUAAACCAUUGAUGAAGAUUUCUUUAGUGAAAUUAUCACUAUUGAUACUUCAGGAAGUAAAUAAAAUAUGGAGAAAUAAAUUGCUGAUAUGUUUGGAGAUUUAGAUAUUAAAGAAAAUGCAAAAAGUAAGGCUGAAAAAGAAGAAAUAGGAGGAGAUGAUCUUUUAGAUAUGAUGGACUAAUUAGAUGACUGA